AUGAAGAGUGUGGGCCUAUUGGUGGUGGCCGCCGCCGUCGUGCUGGUGACCGUGCGCGACUGCACGCUGGCCGGUGCGGCCAUGCUGUCGGAAAUGUCCAGCCCGGGCGGUACCGGGCUCGGCACACCACUGCUCGCCGACUCGGUCCACGAGGACGGACCGGCUGAGGAGAGGCUCCGACCGCUGCUGGUCUUGCCGAAGGAUAGUACGGAGCCAGCUGAGUCGAAGCCGAACCCGCUGAGCCUGGGGAGCCUGCUGAUGCCGAGAGGGCAGCUUGGGGGGUACGCGCAUCAGCGCACCACCGACACCGAGGAAGAGGACGAGGUGGACAACGUAGAAGAGAUCGAGCGAGCUAGUCGAGGCGUGGAGGAGGUGGAAGAGGUGGAAGAAGAGGAGGUGGAAGAGGAAGAUGACCUUGGCCGGGAUCGAGAAGGAGAGGAAGAAGAAGAAGAAGAGGAUGAAGCAGAUGGCGAGCCGGCCGGAUCGCGGGACAAGACACUGGUAGACAGUGACGAGAGCCGCUUCUCGUUCUACUCGCACCCGGCAGCGCAAGGCCAUGGAAUCGGUUCGAAGAUGGCAGCGGAGCUGCAGCAACGCAAUCCGUGCGAUUCCGCCAUUCUCGAGUACCUGAAAUCGUCCGAGCACGUGGUCCCGGUGAGGCGCAGCCCUGAGGAGGAGGACUCCAACUUCUACAUCGACGUGAGCCACGAUGCGCUUGAAACUUACACCGGGAUUGUACCAGGAAUUGACUACAAAGUGGAAGUAAGACGAUCGCCGAGUACAGAAAUUCGUGACUUCUACAUCGAGUCACUGAUCGGGGAGUUCCCGCAGCACGGUUCUACACCUCCGGACGCACUACCGUUCGGAAAGUUUGCGACGGACUACAGCGAGUUCGCUAGCCGACAAAUAAACACCGGCGGCUACCAGCAGCCACCGACCGACACAGGCAGCAUACCGCGCAACACCUGGAUCGACGAUAUGGAGAAGGACUGGUUGCAUCAUACGUUCGCCACGCGGCAGCAACAGCGACACCAACAGCAACCGGUACCGGAGGCGGUGGGUCAGCGGGUUGUGUUCGGUGAGCCCUUUCCGGCCUACUACGAACCGUCGCUCCGCAGCAACCGAGAGCGCGACACCGAGGAGGACGAGGAGGAGCAAAACUCGAUCGAGUUCGACGAGGUAGACGACUCCCGGCGGCGAACUUCGGCCGCUAGGGCACGCGCAUGCCCCGGGAAUGUGUGGCAGGAGGAGUUUAUGUUCGAUGAGCGCUCGACUAUCAGGUGGUCCGUGCCGCCGAAGACAAGCGCUUACCAGAGCACGGUCGGCUUUGGUGACACGUUUAACAGAAGUAGUUCCAACGAGGAGGUUCAGCAGCGGCAGAGCAGAACCCUUUAUUUUAGAAUACUAUAUCGUACAAUGACUAGCUAUGUGGUUUACGAAUUGAUCUACACAAUGGUGCUUUUAGAAGAAUGUAGUUUAUUUCUGAAGCAUGGCCAAGGUACGAUCGCAUCGCACCAGCUACCGAGCGGCUUCCAGGACUGCAGCGUCACGUUCCCGUCCCAGCGGGCGGACCAGCCGGAAGAGCUGCCCGGUCUGCUGGUGCAAUUGACGCGGCUGAACACCCCAUGCCGUGCCGGGGGCUUCCUUCGGUUCGUACCGGACCCGAGUCAGCGCGGCGUCGACGAGCGAACAACGUCAAGCAACAACGCCCAUCAAAUCAUAUCACUGUGCGGCAAGCUGGAGGAGCUACCGGCCAGCGAGCGCGCAUUUCACUUUCAACCACACCGCAAUACAACACUGCACCUGCACAACCAGCCACUGUUCAGCCUUCAGUAUAGACUCGUAGACUUUUGCUACAACAUGACGCUCCAGGAUCAGAACGGCACGGUGCGGCUGGGGCCGAGCCGGUCGUCGCUAGAUUGCUACUUCAAGAUACACGUACCGUACGGCUACCGGAUCGCCCUGCAGCUGUGGACGAACGACUGGCAGCUGGAGGCAGCACACAACGGUUCGGGCUCCGGUGCCCGGUACGAACCCAUCGAGCUUAUCGCACUCGAGACCGUGCUCGCGGGACAGCAGCUGGCAGAACCGGUACGCUGCUCCUCCACCGGUGGCAUGCUGAUCGAGCUGUACGAGGACAGUCUCCGACGCUGGACGUCCUGCAUCAACGGCAGCACAAAACCCGCCCGCUACUCGCUUCUGUCGAGUAGCAACAAUCUAGUCAUUAAAGUGACCAAAUUGCCCCUGCUUGGGACGACAGCGGACUCAGCUUCAUCGUCAUCGUCAUCGUCAUCCUCAUCUUCGCCCACAUCUACAGCUCCUUCAGUCGAACAGCUUGGCAGCGGGCCGUCGUCUCCAUCUCUUCUGUUCGAGUACAGGGCGCACCCGAUCGAACCCAUUACUUCACGUUGUGCCUUUGGUUGGAUAGCAACCGCACAGUUCUGUAUCUCUUCCAUCGAGCGGCGACUUCCGUGGCAAGAGGCGGAGCUGGAAUGCAACCAACUCGGUGGUCACCUUGUAUCCAUACGGUCCAGCGAAGACCAGCAGCUCAUCGAUCAGCUGCUGUUCAAUAGCCCGGGCUACAAGGAUGACAAUGCCUACUGGAUCGGAGCGUCCGAUUUGGUAGUGGAGGGCGACUUUAGGUGGAACGACAAGUUUUCAUUUUCCUACACAAAUUGGUUUCAAGGAUGGGUACACCAGGAGCAUUACAACCGCCAGCCAAACGAUGAUGGGCUGAGCGGGCAGGAUUGCGUCGAGAUUCGUCGCCACUUUCAGAUCGCGUCCAGCAGCGGACAAACCACUCCCACCAUGAGCCCGCUGACGAUGUCCUACAUGUGGAACGACCGCAACUGUGACGCACGGAACUAUUUCAUCUGCGAGCGAAUGAUGGAUGAAGAGCUACCGGAACGCCUGUGGAACGAGGCGGAAUGCAACGUGACGGUAUCGCUGAGCUCCGAACGGUCGAAGACCACCAUCUGGAGCCCUGGAUUCCCUCAGAUGUACCCGGACAGUGUCGACUGUUACACCCUCAUUCUGGCCCCGCCCGGCUACAGGGUAGUGCUGGACUUCGAGGAGAUGGUGCUGGAGAAUGAACCUCUAUGCUAUUAUGACUACUUGCAACUGGUAGAGCCCGACGGUGACGGCCCGUACGUGUCGCCAAAGGUGUCCAGCUCCAACACGGUGCAGUUUCGGUUUCGCAACUCACGCCACAGCGGCCGAAACAGCGUGCAGCAUCGGCGGAAAAACUCCAAGCAAGGUGGAACCACGGCCCUCCCUACCGCCGGAAGUGGCAGCAAUGGUGAUGCUGCGAGCCACCCGGACCGUCGCAGCGACAUCAACUUCAACGUACCGAGCAUCGUGCUGCAGCCGAACGAUUCGCGCUACACCAGCAGCCUACCGCUACCCGAGCUGAGCCUGGGCAGUGUUCCGCGGAAAAUCUGCGGCGACUGGAGCACCAAGCUGAAGCUGCUCCGCUAUGUGACCAGCGGUCCAACGCUCGGGCUCCGCUUCGUGUCCGACUACUCCAACAGCUACGGUGGCUAUAAGGCCAAAAUCUCGAUGGAAAACGUCACGUCGGAGUGUCACGAUGAGCGCUUCAAGGCGUACAACAACUCCUGCUACCUGAUCAUCUCGUACCCGGACGUGGACUGGACCACCGCCCAGCAGAUUUGUCGCGGCAUCGGUGCCCAGCUGGCUUCCAUAUCGACAACCGACGAGCAGCGGUUCAUCACCUCGAACAUUCGCAACAGCAUCGACUACACGCCCCGGUCACUGUAUUGGGUUGGAGGAGAAAUCACCACCAACGGGAACCUGGAGUGGGUAGAUGGUGUGAAGCUGUUAUUUGAGGGCUGGCUUCCCGGGCAACGGCCAGAGCCGUCCGACACGCUCAAGCUGUCGUCCUGCCUGGGUCUCCAGUGGAAGGUCUCACCGACGCCGAUGAUCUCCUCCGGGUUGCACUGGACGGCCCAGAAGUGCUCGAUGAUUGGCGGCUACGUUUGCAAGAAGCCGCGUCCCAAGCUGGACGAAACGAUGGUGAAGAACCAAACGCUUACCGGCACCGAAGGCCACAUCCUCUCUCCCGGCUAUCCGAACCCCUACCCAGCGCAGACGGACUUCUGGAUACGGAUCGUCGCCCCGGAGCACAACCGCAUCAUCAUUCAGUUUCAGAAUCUUGACCUCGAGCACCAGGAUGAGUGUCUGUACGACUAUAUCAGCAUUCAGAACUACCCGAUUGUACCCAGCUCACCGGCGGCGUUCUUUGGGGGGAACGAAGCGAGCGGCGUGGCGCCGGUGGCGGAGGUGUACCACGGAGCUGCGAAUGGUAGCAGUGGCGCGACGCCAGUGAACAAGAAGCAGACCAACUUCGAGACGUUUCCUUCGACGAGCAACGCACGGCCAACGGAGACGCCCAUCUCGACCGGGCGUCAGAUCCGUGGACCCCGACGGAGGAUCCGGUACGUCAGCAGCUCCGGAGCGGAGUACGGUAUCAGCGAUCCGGACGGUGCGACGCGGGAGAAGGCGAACGGUAUGGCACCGACGCUGCUGGCAAGCUCGAACGUGAACCACAACGAGCUGCACCCGUCGUUUCUGCCGUAUGUUCGCUGGUGCGGUUCGCACGACGUCAACAUGGCACGGUUCAACUUCAUCUCGACGGGCAACGAGGCGAUCGUGCGCUUCCACUCGGACUUUUCCAUCAGCGGAGCGGGCUUUUCGGCCACCUGGAGCACGGUCGACAUUUCCGGCUGCCCGCUGCAGACGAUCACCUCCAAGGAGGGUUCGAUACGCAGCCCGAACUAUCCGUACUUUCUGCUGAACAACCUCGACUGCACCUACGUCAUACAGGCUCCGUACGGGCGCCGCGUCUGGCUGGAGUUUUUGGUCACCGAUCUGGCGCACGAAGCGACCCUGCAGGUCGACAUCGCCGACGGUCCGUUCGAGCCGUUCGCGGACGAGUCGCAUGUCAACGACGGUGUGUUCGUGAGCAACGGCGAGCGGCUGGUGGUACGGUUGAAAACGGGCGCAAUGCCACGGGGCAAAGGAUUUCAAGCGGUCUUCAAGACACUGGCCCAUGUAAACGAGCAGCGGUAUUUAAUGCUGUCGAACAAGACGACCGGCAUGCUGUACUCGCUCAACUAUCCGCAAACAAUGCCGUACGGGAUCGACUACACGCAGCAUCUGAUCGCGCCUCUUGGUGAGGUAAUCCUGUUGGAGUUGUACGGAGUCGGCUUCAGCCAGCAUGGUUGCCAUCAGACCGGAUUCAUUGAGAUCUAUGACAACUAUACCGACAGCAAUGGUACGCUGUGGCACUUGUGUGAGCAUCACGCAGCGGGAAAGGCCGGAAGCUCUCCGGACGACCUGGAAGAUGGUGGACGGGCGGAGAACGCGGACGGACACUACCAUCCGUUGGGUCACGGUGCGGCAGCGUUGCGCGAAGCGGGCGGCAGCAGCCACCCGGCUCUGACGAAACCGGCCCCGAUCUACAUCACCUCCUACCUGAACACCAUCCACAUCCGGCAGCGCAACGUCAACGGCACCGGCAUCCGGCUGAACGCCACCGUGCGCCUGCAGGAGGACGCCGGCUACAAGAUGAAGCUGAUCUCGAACGCCGACGAGUGGGUCGAGAGCUGCAAGCCCAACCCGUGCCAGUACGGCGGCAAGUGCAUCACCAGCCACAAGCGGGGCCUCUGCCAGUGCUACGGCCACUUCACCGGGCGCUUCUGUGGCCUGAACAUCUGCGAGCUGGAGCCCUGCUUUUUCGGCAAGUGCGAGCUCACGCCCAACAGCUUCAAGUGCAACUGCCAGCCGGGCUUCGUCGGGCAGCGGUGCGACCAGCGGCAGAAGCCGUGCGCCGACAAUCCUUGCGAGAGCCGGGGCGAGUGCUUCGAGAAGAACGGUGGCUUCUUCUGCCGCUGCCACGCCUGGUGGGAAGGGCCGCGCUGCGAAAAGCGCAUGAUGCACAUCCCGUACAAGCCACUGUCGGAGCGGAUGCUGCAGGAACCGUUCUGGCUCGGACUGAUCACGGUGUUCGUCGUGCUCGCCGUCAUCGGGCUGGUCUGGUGUGCCAAGCGCCACUUCCCGGAGAAGAUCGAGAAGCUGCUCGCCGACGAGACACAGAUCAACCGAAGUACUACCUCUAAGUACAAGCGCACGUUCCCACCGCACCAUCUAAACACGGCCUUGCGGGAGCAGUUGCAAGCUUCCGCCGGAACCGUGCCCUCGUCGAAUGCCACCACGCCCGCCUCGCACCGGACGAUCUUUGGACGAUUGGGUAUAAGAAAACCAUCCAUAUUGAGUCUCAGCAGCCCACAGCAAGUUGGAGGGGCUACCGCUAGAACAUUUUCUUUAGAUGAUCUCUUACGGCCCCCUCCUCGACGCACUCCGUCACCGCGGAAGAAGCGAAACAAUUCCACGCCGACGAAGAAGAACGUCAACGAGAAGAAGCAGAUCCUGCAGCAGCUGGUAUCGCCCGCCCAGAACGCAGCCACCAAACAAGUAAGCCUUGGCGAGCUGAUACAGCUGUCCGAGACGCGGCUGAAGGCGCAGAGCUACGCCGAUGCCGAGGCCGCCGGCCUCAAGGAGACGACGUUCUCGGAGAACUCGCUGUCGGUCACGUCGAUGGUGCGGCAGAUCUCCGAUCCGAAGCUGGAGAAGAAGGUCACCUUCGCCCGGCUGCUAAGUAAGGUGUCCGCCGAGAUGAGCUCCGGCUCGGAAGACCUGGCAAAUGGAGCGAAGCAUUCUAGUGCGCUAAGUCUUCCGAACGAGGUGCCGGCACGCGCCAACUCCGUGCCGCCGUCACCGUGCACAAACGAAAUCCGGUCGCCGCACAGCACGUCGUCGAACCAGGGCAGCGACUCGCUGUCCAGCUCCGAGCUGGCCCUGCACGACUUCGGGCUGCGCAGCAGCGCGCGGCGGCAGCGCCCGAAGGUGUCCAGCGCCGACUCCAUCCUGGCGAUGUUCAAGAACUUCGCCGCUUCCAGCAGCGCGCUCAACACGCUGCCCUCGUCGAUCGUCAUCUCGCCGUCGUCCACGCCGACCGCCUCCAGCCCGCAGGACGACGUGCCGGGCGACGACGACUCGUCCACCUCUUCCAACCAAAACACGCCCGUCAGCUACUCGAGCGGCGGCGGUGCGUCCGACUCGCCCGUCUUCUACCGGCAGAGCACGAUCGAGGUGCCGGUGCUGGAUGCGCUCAGCGCCCACAAGUCUACCCCGACGGCCAUGGCCGGCGGUGGGGGCGGCAGUGGUGGUGGUGGUGGUGGUGGCGGUGGCGGCGGCGGCGGCAGCAGCGGUAGCUCAUCGGGCGGCUCCGGCCAGCUCCAUCCGCCGACCAUACUGCUCGAGAUUCCGAGCAAUGGCAUCAACAACAAGUGUCUGUCGCCGAUCCGCGAAAUGCCGACGCCGAUUCCGUCGCCGGCGCUGACCCCGAUCAUGCCGCGCCCGCAGCGGUCCAUCCGCUCGCCGCAGGCCCUGCACGACGAGUCCAUGUCCGUCACGUUCAACGCUAGCUUUGACGAGUACCACAAGCCCCACCAGCUGUCGAUCGAAAUAAGGCCACCGUCGCCGCCGGACGACGCCGGUCGGUGCGACUACUCGUCGUCGUCGCAGAGCGACACCACGGUCGACGGUGCGCCGACCGGUCCGACCGUCUCGAUCGACAUCCAUCCGCCGACGCCGGAGCACCGCAGCCCGGAGCGGCCGCGCGAUCUGAUCAUACCGGAGCUGAUCAUCCAGCAGCCGAGUCCGACUCGCGAGCGCACGAUGGUGGUGAUCUUUCCGCCCGGGUCGCCGCCGCCGCAGCGGGCGAACCAGCACCCGUUCGAUACCGGCCUGCCGUCGCCGUACGGGACGGACGCCGGCAGCGGCAAGCAACAGUACCACCAGAAAAGAUUCCUCAAGCAGUGGGAGAAGCCGACCUCGCUCGAUCUGCCCUUCGAUCCGCCGAUGAUAACGAUCACCUCCAACAGCAACGAGGUGGUGUCGGACGCCGACAUACCCUCGCCGGCCCAUCCGAUGGGCCACCCGAAGCAGGCGGGGCUCGGGCCACCGGGUAGCGGCGGGGCGGCCGGCAUGUGCUACCUGAGCCCGUUCUCGAUGUGCAUCCGCGGCGAUCGCGCUCCGUCCGAGAGCAACCUCAGCUCGUCCGGCUACUCCAGCAUGGCGAGUCCCGGUCCGAGUCGGUGCGGCUCCAGUAACCCGCUCUUUCCGCACGAGUCCGACGAACCGGGGUCAGGUCCGGCUGGCGGCCCCGGCUACUCGGGCUUUCACUCGCUCAUCAACAACCGACGACAAUCAUCCUCGAAUGUGAGGAAAAAAUCGGCCGACAGUGGCGCCACCGGUGGCGGGGGUGGCGGCGGUACCACCGCCGGGCCCGCGACCGGCUUCGGCCACCAUCAUCACUCCUUCCGGCUGCGCUCCGACUCGGAGACGCUGUCCGACGAGCCGCUGCUCGAGUCGAACGACGAGGGGAUCGGCACCGACCAUCUGGACGAGAAGAUCGAGGAGGGCGAAAUACGCAGCGCCAAGGAGCUCGAGCUCUACCUCGGCAAGGAGCUCAUCCAGAGCGGGCAGGACAUCCUCAGCCAGGAGAAUCUCGCCAUGUCCCAGCUGCAGCUACCCUCCAUCGUCAUCCAAUCCGACGCAGGGUGCGACAAGCUGUCACCCGUUUCGUCACGCUCGGACAGUCCGCUGAGUGAGCGCAACGCCAGCCUGGAGCGCUUCUCGUCCAUGUUCUAUGGCAAAAAGGACCAGCACCUGCCGUUCACCGACUCCGACGGCCUGUACGACUUUCCCUCCUCGGACGGCAAGGGUGCUGGCGGUGGUGUCGGCACCAGCUCGCACCGCAAGAGCGCCGGACGCAGGAAGGAACGGCGUGUCGCCCGCUCGACCGUCUCGCUGCAAUCGCCCUCCAAGGCAACGUCGCCGCUGCUGGAGCUGCCCGGGGCGGCCAAGUUCCCCAGCACCGCACCGACGGCGCGCAAAAGCCCCAAGCGUCGUGUCCACCGGCAACCGCUGGCCAGCAGCUCGUCCUCCACCGAGUCGUUGACGUCCAUGCGCGAGAAUGCAACGCGAGCGAUCAAAGGUAUCCACCACUAUUCCGGCCGAGAUCCGUGCGGAGUGGCACAUCUGUCGACCUCGAAAGUAUCAGCAGAUGUGUGCGACUAUGGUGACGAUACAGGUGAGGAAAUAUCUAGCCAGAUACUACCGAAGGCGCCCGUCCCGGAGGAGGUACGAAAGCCGUCGCACAAAAUUCGACGGCUGAAGGCGAUAGGCAAUCAGAUCAGGUUCUUGCGCCGGCUCGAACGAUCCAUCCACAAGAAGGAGCAACCAUCGGCGCCGCAACCCGAGGAGGAAUCGCAGGGUGUUAGCGGGAGUGCUGGUGGCGGCGUCAAGGAAUCUCCGAAGAUGUCCUCCUCGCCGCUGAUCAAGUUCAAGCAGUCGCAGAUCGACGAGGAAGACGAAUCGGAGGAGGGCGAUGAGGAUAGCAAGAGCACGUACUUUGCCACCACACUCAGUAAGCAACAACAGCAGCAGCACCAGCGACUACUUCCGCCGUGCGAUUCGAACACGGCCGCUUUGGGAGCCAACUCACGGCAGCACGGGAAAAUCUCACGCCAGCGGCGCGUGCUCAGCCACGAUUGCUACGGGACGAAGCCUUGGGCGGCCGAAGCGGAGUGCAAGCUGCUCGGCGGGGAGGUGAACAGCGACUGAAGCGGCAAACCCGACAAAUCCGGUGCCUCCUCCGCUUCCCUCCAGAUUGCGUCCAUUUUCCGGCACCCACCCCCUUUCGACUCCGACGGUGGCAAAGCUCGGGACGUGUAUUAAUGUUGCUAACAAAAAGAACACACACACACACACACACACACACCCACACGGAAUGGAGCAUUCGCUAAGCUGCGAGUAAGAUUGUUAGAACAUUUAGAUCAUCAAAUCCACAACGUGUCAUUCCGAAGGAGCGACUUAGGUGCUCAUUAACCGUAACGUAUCCGGAGCGAAGCAGAAAUACUCAAAUAACCCCUCCACGCACAGUGCGUCCUGGUAGAACACCCGUACGGGACAACGCAAUGGCAAUACCCUUAGUACACUACACGCAAAUAUACAAGAGAACAGUGAAAGUGGAGGAUUCGUGCCGGAGUAAAAAAAAAAACAACCAUCAACGGCAACAAAAUAAACAUAAAAACAAAGCAAAACAAACCCCGAACCGAGUGCAUUAUAGCUCGGAUUUUUUCCCCCAACCUUUUUAAUCGGUACUAUACUAGGAUUGUACGGUCCCUCCCCCGUUUAAAUAAACAUCUAUCGAAUUGAAAUGCGCGCUAACUAAUGGCAAAAAAAAAAGUUUGCAAAUGUUUAUAUGUGUUCAGUUGAUCUAAUCGUUUUUACCGAGUUGCAUAUUGCGUAUGUUGUGAAGAUGUAAAGUAUUAUUAUUACAAGCAAAAACGAUGAUGAAAAGAAAAACAAACCAACAAACAAACAAACAAACAAACAAACAAACAUAUAAAUAACGUUAGAAUCGAAAAAGUAGCAAUUUCACUCUCACGAGCACUCUACACUUUUUUAAACGGUCAUCCUUACGAUCAGCAUAGAUAUAACCAUACACACGCCCAUCUACGUACCACUUGUACACCACGUACUCCCACACAUACACACACACAUACACAGAUACAUACGUAUAUAAAAAAUAUAUAUAUAGUAAAGGAUAACAAUGUGGACAAUUGAUACAUCACCCGAGCAGAGACUGAUUUUCUAACAUAAGUGAAACAUAACCAAAAAAAAAAUGUAAAAGAGCAAGAUAUGUAAAGAGAAAUCCCUCGCGUAGAGUAUGAUUAUUUUGUUGUGUGUGGGAUAACGACGGUAUCACGGCGUGUGCGACGGAUCACGACGUGCGUUACGCAAAACAAAAAAAACCUAACCCUACAUUGAACUACUUCCUCCUCCACACAAACACACACCCCCACACACACACACACCAAUCGCUCGUCAUUGUUCGCAGUUCGCGAGGUUAGCAACUAGGAAAAUAAAAAUGAAGAGGAGGAAGAAGGUGAUGCAAGAAAAAAAAAUUCAAAACGCAAAAACAAAAGAUGCAACACUUUUCUCGACACUUAUGUACAAGUACAAGAUUUCAUAAAUAAUCCAUACACGCACAUGCUCAUUAUGGUCAAUGUUGCUUGAUCACAGUAGUUAAAUCGAAACAAAAGUUGGGGGAAAGAAAUCAAAACCCCCCGAGAAGGGAAACAUUCACACACAAACACACACGGACAUACGCAAACACACCACGCAAGGAUGCUAUUUUAAUGUACUUUAAGGUCUCAAUCGUUCGUAUAGCUCCCAUUGUAUCGUUACCACGUAGAUAUUGUAUAUUUCUUCGAAUGCGUGUUGAUUCUUUGCCAUCAUUUUGCGAACGAACUAAAAAAAAAGAAAAAAAAACGGGGCGGCAUUACACACAGUCACGCAGGAAUCGGCACACCGUUUGGGUUUGGAGUUACAAAAUCAAGAACUGCAACCAAAAAAAAAAAAAAGGAAUCAUACACACAGAUGUAGCUUUAAGCCUAUUGGGAAACUGAAGGAUACGGGUUCAGCGAGAUCAACAAAUCCCAA